AUGGACCGAUUCACUCAGUUCCCCGCCAUCAAUGACGAUGAUGAUGUUCACGUUAUACCCUGGCAGGUUAAUGCCCAACUCCCUACAGACGUAUUUGCGUUGUCAUGGGCAAUCUUGCUACGCGCAUUUACAACAGAUGAGAACCCGGUUUUUUUAUUGAAUGGCGUGCCAGUCAAGACAGAUCUAUUCCUCCGGACGAUUCAUCCUGCAGAACUGGAUGUAUCAGACCUGUCAGUCAAAUACACAGCCGUAGUGUUGGGAGAUCCUCUAUUCAACGAUGACGAACACCCCCCAGCAUUGCGGUGGACUUUGGACCCCGCCACUCAGUUGGGAACCUUGCGUGCGACUGGAGGCAUGAAUUCCGAUUUCCUGUAUCAGUUGGGUAACCAGUUGAAGCAGAUCGUGCAGGAACAGGCUGCCCAGAAGGGUAUACAGGUGACACUGUCUGCCACUGAGGUUCCUGAGUUAGCCAUUUCAAACGUCUCCCCCUCCACACUGCCAGGACCUCAACUUCUACAUGAGCUUGCCCUGUCGGGGAUCAAUGAUUCAAACCACGCCAUUGAAUUCCUCGCUGCGGAUGGAAACGUUAGUUGCCUGUCGUACUAUGACUUGGACCGGCUUUCCUCGAAGCUGGCUAGUAAAAUAGCCCGUGCUUCAACAACCCCACAGGGCAUACAGAGGGUUGUGCCAGUACUUCUACCCCAGUCUGUGGAAUUGUAUAUUUCAUGGUUGGCCAUUCUCAAGGCUGGCGCAGCGUUCUGCCCCUUGAACACCGAUGCACCAACAGAUCGCAUCGAGUUUAUCCUGCAAGAUGUGGCUGCAUCUGUGAUGGUUACCAAUAUUGCUCUUGCAACGAGGAUACCGCUGAAAGAGCAGAUUUCUAUCCUUACAGUAGACGAUCUUCAAACCAAUACCAAUAUCACAGAGCUAUGCCCAAAAAACAGCACUUCUACUGAUCUGGCAUAUGUCAUGUACACAUCUGGUUCCACGGGUCGCCCUAAAGGCGUCGGCGUGUCUCAUCUUGCUGCCACCCAGUCACUCCUUGCUCAUGCCGAUUUGAUACCCCCUUUCAAGCGCUUUUUACAGUUUGCAUCUCCCACCUUUGAUGUGUCCGUGUUUGAGGUCUUUUUUCCGAUGAUGCGAGGGUCAACUCUCAUCGGCUCCGAGAGAGAGCAUAUGCUUCUUGACAUUUCCCAUGUGAUGACUAUGAUGAGAGUAGAUGCCGCUGAGUUGACCCCAACCGUAGCAGGAGAGUUGCUGCGCACGCGAGCCGCAGCUCCAUCUCUCCGGGUGCUCCUCACAAUUGGCGAGAUGCUCACCAGACAGGUGAUAGACGAGUUUGGCCAGUCUGAGGGCAGAGAUGGCAUUCUCCAUGGGAUGUACGGGCCUACUGAAGCAGCCAUCCACUGUUCCGCUGCCACCCAUUUCCAAACCAAGGACCGUGUCAAUAUGAUUGGAAAGCCAUUUAAAACCGUUUCCGCAUACAUCAUGUCACUACCCUCCGAUGAUCCAUCCUCCACGGAGCUUCACCCCCUUUUACUAGGCCAAAUUGGAGAGCUUGUGGUGGGUGGUCCUCAAUUAGCAGAUGGGUAUAUCAAUCGACCCGAAGAGAAUGCCAAGGCUUUUAUUGACAGUCCGGUGUAUGGCCGACUCUAUCGCACAGGAGACAAAGCCCGCAUACUCCCCACCGGAGAGAUUGAGUGUUUUGGCCGAAUUUCCAGCGGCCAGGUCAAACUGCGCGGCCAGCGAAUAGAGCUUGGCGAGAUCGAGCAUGUUAUCACUAGAGCCGCUGGUGUCCGCAGUGUUGUAACUAUAGUAAUUGACGGGAACUUGAUUGCCUUUGUUCUGGUUACCGACAAAGAAACGACAGACAGCAGUCUCCGAGAUGUCUGUCGUCAGCUGUUACCUCGGUUCAUGAUUCCUGGAGAAUUCGUCCUCGUCGACCAAUUCCCCCAACUUCCCUCGGGCAAGAUCGAUCGUAAAACACUAGAAGUUGAUUUUAUUCGUCACCGAAACACCAUUCAGGCUUUUGACGAUCAACCCUGCCGAGAUGAAAAAGAAGAGUCUAUCGCUUCAAGUGUGGCUGAUGUGCUAGGUCGACGACUCUCCUCGACAGAGAGUCUGACAGCAGCAGGCCUUGAUUCGCUGGCAGCAAUCCGUCUAGCAUCUCACCUCUUGGAUGCGGGAAUUUGCUUAGGUGUGGCUACCUUGUUGGAGGUCGACUCAGUGGACAGAAUCUGGCAGCUUGCCACUAGCCUUGAAGCAGCGAGCCCGAGUGACGAUACUCAGGCAGCACUUCAGACUGUUUUGCAGCUUAUCUCAAAUGCAGGUGCAGCAAGGGUCGACUCGCUGGGUUUGAGCGAGCAGGUUUCGGACAUCGUACCGUGCAGCCAUAUCCAACAAGCUAUGAUUUUGGAGACCGUUCGAGACAAUAAGGCAUACUGCAACUGGGUUGAGCUGGAAUUCGAGCCUUCGGUCAAUUUAACUUCGGUAAAGAAUGCUUUCCGGCAACUGAUCGACCGCAACGAGAUCCUGCGGUCUGGGUUUGUGGAAAUCGGCAUCAAAGAUCACUCAUAUGGUCGUUUCACAUGGAAUACCCUUGACGGGCAUGUUUUAGUAAAACAGGAGCUUGACUACGAUUUGGGCUUGCGUGCGGCUCAUGAUGUCUUGAACCCCUUCCGAGUCCAGAUCAAGGAAGAGAAGGAUCAUCUCCGCGUGCUGGUGCAUAUCCAUCAUGCACUCUACGAUGGAUGGUCUUGGCAACUUAUGCUGAAAGAUCUCAGGAGUGCCUUGUCUGGAGAGGAGCUUACUUCUAAGCCUUCAUAUAAUGUCGUCACAAACUUUUUCAUUGAGUACAGACUUGAUAAAUCGGCAACAGAAUCCUCGGCCUACUGGCGUGAUCAAUUACAAGGAUUUUAUCCUGCACAUCUCCCCAAUUUCCAUGGAAAUUCAGCUAUUGUACAGGCUACCGAUAAGGCUACUCGUGUGCUGGACAUAUCUAUGUCAAAGCUUAAUGAUGUUUCCCAACAUCUUCGUGUCAGCCGACAAACCAUUUUUCAAGCUGCGUUUUGCUAUAUUCUCUCCUCCUACAUCGGAAAGGGAGAUGUUACCUUUGGAACCGUUUUUUCAGGCCGGACUCUUCCCUUGAAGGGAAUCGAGACUGUUCUCGGGCCCUGUAUCAGAACUCUGCCUACACGCAUAAACCUUGAUGAAAUGCAAAAUGUGACCGACCUCCUCUUGGCCAUCCAGAACAUGAACCUCAAGUCGCUUGAGCAUGGCAGUCUUCCUCUCCAGGAUAUCAAGAAAGCUUCUGGUAUCGACCUGGAUCGUAGUCUCUUCGAGACUGCGUUCGUGUGGCAGGAAAGCAUUUGGUCGGAUGAUGACCAGGGCUUGGGGUUCUGGGAAGUUGGAGCAGGGGAGUUCCUAGAAUUUGCACUUUUGCUGGAGUUUGAGCCGCGGGAAGAAAACAUCUUUGCCCGGGCAACUUACCAAAAUUCGGUGCUACCAUUUGAGCAAGCUAUGAUACUUCUUGAGCAGAUUGAUUCCGUGGCUUCGAUAUUGAUUGAUAAGAUUAAUCUUCCAAUCCAGAAGAUCUCAUCAUAUCUUCCCUCGUCAACGUUGUCUAUUCAACAUGCAGCAUCGCCCGAGAAAGUUGAUCUACCAAGCUUGGCAUCCAGCGUCCAGAUGAUUGCAUCUACAGACCCAGACCGGGUAGCCGUUGAGCUGAUGCUCUGUGAUUCAGAAACUUCUGCUCCAUUGGUCGAAAGCAUGACCUACGGCCAACUAAACUGCCGAGCCAACGGCUUUGCACAUCUUUUGCUCCAUGUCGGAGUGACGAAAGCCGAUCUAAUACCCAUUCAUCUCCCGCCGUCCCUUGACUUCUAUGUUGCUGUGCUUGGAGUUGCCAAGGCCGGUGCUGGUGUCCUCCUACUUCCCCAGGCCUCUUCACAGAUGAUCCACUCCAUUAUCUCCAUUGCGAAAUCCAAGUUCUGCAUCGUUGAUCCGGUGACGGAAAAGAAUCGUUGCUUAGAUUCUUUGAAGUCCGUCCUGCUGAUUCACCUCUCUUAUUCGCUGGAUAUUUAUCGUGAUUUCAAUAUUCCUUAUACGAAUGAAGGUUCUGAUGUUGCCUAUGCUGAAGUGACGGUAAUUGAAAAUGGACUGAUGGAAAACAUCAUCAUCUCACGCCAAAAUCUGCAGAGCAGUAUCAAUGCUCUUUCAGACUUGUAUCCAACGCCCGCCGGGUCGAAAAUGUUAUCAUGUCUCCAGGAAUCAGGUGCAUCAAUUUGCCAGACAUUCUUCGCUUGGCACACUGGCAUGACGUUGUGCUCAGCAACAGACGUAAUCAUGAUGACUCGCAUAGAGCAGGCCUGUAAAGACAUGAACAUAACGCACCUUCACUUGCCUCCCAUGCUGGUCUCCCGUAUUGAUCCACAAGCUGUUCCCAGUGUGCAAUGUCUCCUCUCCUCGGGCGAAGCGAUGACCCCCAAUCUCCAUCGCAAUUGGGCAGGCAAAGGUCUCCAUCAAGCAUACAGCAACCGUGCAUUAACUCACGUGUGUACUCUUUGUCCCAAUAUGCAAGCAUCAACCUAUGUUAGAAACAUUGGUAAACCCCUGAAGAACACAUCUGCAAUGAUUGUGACAGACGGAGAUUCACUCGGUCUUCUUCCACGCGGGGCCAUUGGGGAGUUAUGCUUUGGCGGAGAUCAAGUUGGGCGAUGUCUACCCGACUCCGGGGCAUUAGUGACUGGACGAUUCGUUGACCAUCCUGAACUCGGUCGAAUAUAUAGAACGGGUGAUUUUGGAAGGCUGCUUCCUGAUGGUACACUCAUUCUCUCCCGAAUCCCCGACAUUGCACAGUCGUAUUCUUCAUCCAUUGACCUUGAUAUGGUUGAUUGUGCUCUUAUGUCUUUGGAAAUGGUCCAAGAAUCAGUGAGCAUGGUUUUGAAUGACCCAAAACUACUAGUAGGUCAACAGGGACCACUGGCAGUAUUUUGGGUUUCUUCAACGAAAUGCUCGGAUUCUGUGCAAAUCGAGGCAGCUACGAAUAAUCUUUUCAAGGAGCUCACGAAGAAACUUUCUUCUUCUAGCCUUCCGUCGCUUCUUGUUCUCGUGGAUGCGAUAGAUCUCGACAUAUCUUACAAGACUGAUCACUUUAUGCUGAGGCAACGGCUAGAGCAAUUGACAACAAAAGAGCUUGCGGUAUUUUCGCCAAAAAUAAAUGCCGAUAGUACUGGUGACAGUUUCAGUGAGCUUGAGAAGAGCAUGUCUACCGCAUUAUCGGCAGUUACUGGCACCGACCAAAGGUACAUCCGCAAACACACCUCGUUUUACAGACUGGGUUUAGACUCUCUUUCUGCCAUUUCUUUCUCACGGAAGCUGCAGGAGUCUGGAUGUGGAAGGAUUUCUGUGUCCACAAUCCUACGCCAUAGCUCCAUUGCUCAACUAGCAGCUCUAAUUUCUGCCACAACCGACAGGCACAAGUCCGAACAGGCUGUGGUGCCUGUUCCACCAAUUAUUUUCGACGAAAAUUUCACUCAUCAAGUAGAAGAUGAAUUCAAUGCUGCAGCCAUAACUGUUCAAAGCAUUUACCCUUGCACUCCACUCCAGGAGGCUAUGCUUGCAGCUGAGUCUGGUGGUCAUUCAGCCUAUUUCAACCACCUCCUGCUUCUUGUGCACACCGAUGCGGAGGCCAUGAAAGCAGCAUGGACUAAAGUGAUGCAAAGACAAGACAUCCUUAGAACCUGUUUCGUGCAAACCAAUCAUAAGCGGUUCGCGUAUGCUCAAGUUGUACUGGAUACAUUGGUCUUACCAUGGUCUCAUAUUGAAACUUCUUCUUCCGAGCUUGCGAAUGUCAUCAAAGAGAGCAAAUCCAAGUUUGAGGGUCGUUCUCCUGUCAACGGCCAGUUUCCAUACUCGCUAACUUUCAUAACCGACUCUAAUGCGCAGAAGCAGAAGACACAUCUUCUGAUAUCCAUUCACCAUGCUCUGUAUGACGGAGAAGGCAUCGCCCAGUUAUUGCACGAGCUCCAGCUGUUGCUAUCAAAUCAAGAAUUGCCAUCAAACGCUCCAUUCCGCAGCUUCAUUGAUUACAUGACCUCUCUUGAUUAUGGCUCGUCGGACGAAUACUGGGACGAGUACUUGUCUGGUGUCUCACCAACCCUCCUUCUCACAUCUGAGCCCACAGUCAACGCAGAUGAGUCGACAUCACAGCAAAUCCAUACAUCCCUACAUGGCUCUCUCAUAUCGUUCAAGCAACAAUGCAAAUCCCUCUCUGUAACCCCUUUGAAUAUCUUCCACGCUGCAUGGGCCAGAAUGCUCUCUCUAUAUACCGAUUCCUCCGACGUCUGCUUCGGUAAUGUGUUCAGCUGCAGAACCGUUCCCCUGGAUGGCGCAGAUCGGAUAGUUGGCCCUUGCUUCAACACACUCCCAAUUAGAAUCAAGCGCUCCUCGACUGCAACGAAUAGCGACAUUAUGAAAUUGUCCCAACAGAGCAAUAGCGAUAUUUUGCCUCACCAACUAAGCCCUCUACGACGUAUUCAACGGCGUGCUCUUGGUGAUGGCUCUCGCCUCUUCGACACGCUGGUCAUUUUCCAGAACAGAAAUACAGACCUCGAUUGCACUGUCUGGGAACUUCUUCAAGACGAAGGAAACAUGGGAUUCCCCUUGAUCUGUGAGAUCGUUCCCCACGAGUCUGCCGACAACAUCCAGAUCUGCCUCCACUUCCAAGUAUCGCAUAUCUCGGAAGCCGUGGCUGAGACCAUUGCGCGGGACUUUGUGGCCCUUGUUGAACACAUCACUCAAUAUCCAUCUGGUCAGGCAUCCGAUAAGCGACUAUUAGGGCCAGACAUUCCUCGAGUCUUCCAACAGGAGGUAUCCAGAACGACAAACUCGGUCCAGGUCUUGACAAAAUCUCGGCAAAAGCGCCCCUGGUCAUAUCAGGAGGAGAUUAUUCGCGGGAUUCUUUGCAAAUUCACUGACGUCAGCUCGGACAAUGUAUCUCAGGAUACGACGAUCUUCCAACUUGGCCUGGAUAGUAUCAAUGCUGUGCAGGUAUCAUCCAAGCUGCGCGGAUUAGGUUAUAAGAUCUCAUCUGGUGAUAUUCUCGAGGCUGCCUCUAUUGAUCAAAUUGCUUCUCUUCUUACUUCCAGUGCGAAGGUUGCUGAGGAAAUGGAGUUUGACUUUGAACUUUUCCAAACUCAUCACUUGCAAUCUGUUUGCGAACAACUUAAUAUUUCUUCGCAAGCAAUACAGUCUCUUCGCCCUUGUACGCCAGUUCAAAAUGGAAUGCUGGCGAUGUUUACACAUUCCCAUGGUUCUGUGUACUUCAAUCGAAUGACAUUGAGAUUCUCAGCACCUUUGGAUAAGAAGAUUUUGAAAGAAGCAUGGUGUAAGGUUAUGGCUCAGCAUGAGAUGCUUCGAACCGGCUUCGUCCAAUUACGCGAUCAGCAGUAUCCUUUUGCUAUGAUAACUUACGAUAAAAAUAUCAAGGUACCAUGGUGUGAGACCUUGACUUCCAUGACAGACACUCCUGAUGUUCAAGAAAAGCAUGCUUUGGAAAAUCUCCAUCAGCCCCCAUGGAGCAUUGAAGUCGAGGCAGGCGACAAUAUCAGCCUCAUGCAUUUCUCUGCGUUACACGCCAUUUACGAUGCUCAGUCUUUGGCUACCAUAUUUGCAGAUGUCAGAGCAGCAUAUGAUGGAAAGGUCCUGACUACACCGUCCCCAGUCACCGCAACUCUUGGUCCUAUCCUCCUUGAGAGCAGCAGCCAGAGCGAAUCUGCACAAUCCUUCUGGAAAGAACUGGCCCCAGAAGUGCAGCCCUCGAAAUUUCCCGACUUGCAUCCCAUCCGCACAGGUGACCGUACAUUACUCACCACCUCCAUCCAUUGUUCACAGCCUCGCAAGGCCCUUGAAGAUGCCUGUCGAGAUAUCGGUGUGACGCUACAAGCAGCAGGGCAAGCCGCGUGGGCUCGCUUGUUGUCUGCAUACACGGGCGAAUCCAGUGUCACAUUCGGAACCGUGCUAUCAGGUAGGAAUUUAUCUUCCGCUGCUCAGCAUGCGGUAUUUCCCUGCUUGGUCACUGUACCAACGCCUCUGCGUAUCGAGGGAUCCAACCGACAACUUCUGGACCUCACGUUGAAGCGGAACGCUUUGUUGAUGAAGAAUCAGUUUGCACCUCUAUCGCAAGUCCAGCGUUGGCUGGGUAGCGAUGAGCCACUCUUUGACACGCUGUUUGUCUAUCAGAAGUUUACUUCUGACGCUGUUGGUACUACUAUGUGGGAUAUCAUUGACGAGGAGACAAAAAUUGAUUAUCCUGUCUCUAUCGAGUUAAUUCCCCACUCGACAGAUCUUCAGAUCUCGUUGAGCUACAGGGGCGAUCUUGUCCCCAUGGAACAAGGAACUAUCCUCCUGAGUCAGUAUGAAAAGUUCUUGCAGGAUACUGUAUUCUAUCCAGAUGCCGAUUCCACCCAUCACGGGCCUGUGGGUAACAGUCUGCUAUCUAUCACGCCUGCCAAAGAAGCGCCAAUUCCUACCACAGUAUCUUUGUUACAUCAAUUCGUCGAAGGGAACGCGCUCAAGAUUCCUGAGAAGACUGCGUUCGAAUUUGCUUCCGGCGACACCGCGGAUAGCCUCCGCAAGAAGGCUUGGACUUACCGUGAGUUCAAUAAAUGUGGCAAUAAAAUUGCGCAUUUACUGCUGGCAAAGGGAGCUGUUCCUGGUGGAAUUGUGGGGAUAUGUUUUGACAAGUGCCCUGAAGCUUCCAUGGCGAUUCUGGGUAUCAUGAAAGCCGGAUGUGCAUAUUUGGCCAUUGACCCCGGCGCUCCUAUUUCUCGCAAGCAGUUUAUGUUAGAUGAUUCUGGUACCAAGAUCCUACUCUGCAAUCAAUCAAAGAUGGCCGAAUUGGAGGGCCUCCCGGCUGUUGACCUUCAGGCACUUGAUGAACCUGGGAUACUUGAUGGGGUCUCAACAGGCGAUGUCUCACUCUCCCGCCCAAUUCGGUCAGAUGAUACUUGUUAUUGUCUGUACACAUCUGGUACGACCGGAACACCGAAGGGCUGCGAGAUCACCCACGAUAAUGCAGUUCAAGCAAUUCUGGCAUUCCAACGAUUGUUCACAGGACAUUGGGAUGAAGACUCUCGGUGGUUGCAAUUUGCCUCCUUCCAUUUCGACGUCAGUGUUUUGGAACAGUACUGGAGCUGGAGUGUUGGAAUUUGCGUCACUUCCUGUCCACGAGAUCUACUGUUUGAGGACCUGACUGGAACUAUACAAAAGCUUCAAAUUACGCAUAUUGAUCUAACCCCCAGUUUAGCAAGACUAGUCCAUCCCGACGAAGUCCCGUCCCUUUGCCGGGGAGUAUUCAUCACCGGCGGAGAGGCGUUGAAACAAGAGAUCCUCGAUGCCUGGGGCAAGCAUGGCGUUAUAUACAAUGGAUACGGGCCUACUGAAGUUACUAUCGGAUGUACUAUGCUCCCAAGGAUGUCUGCCAACGAUAAAGCCUCAAACAUCGGGCCCCAGUUCGAUAAUGUGGGGUCGUAUGUCUUCAGUCCCGGUACUACAACACCUGUCCUACGCGGUAGUAUAGGUGAACUUUGCGUAUCUGGGCCUCUUGUUGGAAAGGGCUACCUGAACCGAGCGGAGCUCACCAAGGAACGAUUCCAAGAGCUCCCCGAAUUCGGCGAUCGCAUAUAUCGCACAGGCGAUCUUGUGAGGAUUCUACAUGAUGGGAGUUUCCAGUUCCUUGGUCGUAUCGACGAUCAGGUCAAGCUCCGUGGACAGCGACUUGAGAUUGGAGAAAUUAACGAGAUCAUCAAACAAGCCACGCCUGAGUUGAACGAAGUCGCUACCCUGGUGAUCACGCACCCCAAACAAUCUAAGGACCAACUUGUCUCCUUUUUCACGACUAUCGCUGCAGAUAAGAAAGCUCGUGCUGUUAACGUUGGAGUCCGAUCUUCAGAAGAUGAUCGCGCCUUGCUGUCGAAGAUUAAGGGCGCUUGCCGCACUCAUCUUCCCGGGUAUAUGGUGCCUACACAUAUUAUCCCGAUGACCCGCUUCCCACUCUCUGCCAACAACAAGGCGGACAUGAAAGUCUUGAAGAGUAUCUAUCAAGAGCUUUCUCUAGAGGAUAUUCAGAAACUAAGUUCAAUGAGUGUUGGCCAGCCUGCUGACAGUGUCCAAGAACAGAAGAUCAUAUGUGUUCUGGCGAGGUUUAUUGAUUCUUCUGAAGGGGAGAUCUCGUCGCGUUCUAGUAUCUACGAGCUUGGUUUGGAUUCUAUAUCUGUUAUUGCUUUCUCGAGAAGUCUCCGGGAGGCUGGAUUUUCUCAUGCUCAACCAUCGAUCAUCAUGAAGUAUCCUACAAUUUCCGGAAUGGCCUCUGCCCUACAGCUGCCUAUCUCAUCUUCUGUGUCCAUCGAAACCAUCCAACGAAAUGCCAAGCAAGGCAUCGAGGCAUUCGCUCACAAGAAUUCCUACACCAUCAUCGAGCAUAUUGGAGCCAUCAACGAUAAUAUCGAAAAGAUCGCGCCCUGCACCCCGCUCCAGGAGGGUAUCAUAUACCACUACCUGUCGAGCAGCACACCAUUAUACUGCUCAUCAUUCACUUUCGAGCUCGACCCUUCCGUCAACCUCGAGAAUUUAUACGCAGCUUGGGAUCAGGCCCAGAGAGAAGUUCAAAUGCUGCGUGCCAGAUUUUUGCCAUCUUCAGACGGCUACGCCCAAGUUAUCAUGAGAAAAGAUGCGCUGCCUUGGUUCCUUACUACUGUCGGCACCAAAGAGGAGAUUGAUGCCUUGCGCGAACAACGACAUGCACGCUGGACCAGCCAGCUCGACGGUCUUUCGUCCAAUCUAUGGGAAGUCGGAGUCAUAUCUUCCCUCGAGACAUCGGUAAUGUGCCUGAACAUAUUCCAUGCUCUCUAUGAUGGAAAUAGCCUGGUCCUGCUCCUCGAAUUGGUUGCCCGAAAUUACCUCGGCCAGAGCAAGAUUUCGCAGUCAAUCCCGGAGUUCCUUGACGUAUUGCACUUGGGUCCCCUUUGUAAAGACCCUGCCGCAGAGUCAUUCUGGAAAGAGCAUCUUGUCGGCUGCCAUAAUCGACCUUUCGCCGAGAAUGGGCAAGUAGACAGCGCGCCAAUUUUACUCAAAGCUCAAAUCAAUCUGACAGAGCAGGUCGACCAUCUUCGCCGGUCUCUCAAUGUUACAGAACAGGCCGUUCUCCAUGCCUGUUGGCUUCUCACUCUUCAACAGCAAUACUUAUUCGUGCCACCACUUGGUAUUAUUGCCUCGGGCAGGACAAUCGAUGUACCUGGCAUUGACAACGUUAUUGGACCGCUGUUCAAUACCAUCCCUAGCAACGUUCAGCUGCAUGGCUUGGAGUCUUGGUCUGAUGUCGCUCGCCGCUGCCAUGACUAUCACGUGUCCAUCCUCCCGUUCCAAUAUACAGCCCUGAGGGACAUUGUGAAAUGGCUUGGGAAAAGCCCCGACGAGCGAAUUUUCAACUCUUUGUUUGUCUUCCAGAGGGAAGCUGAUAACGAUGAAUCGUUCACAAAGGAUCUUUGGCAUACACUCGACUCAGAGGCCCAGCAUGAGUAUCCUCUGGCAUUUGAGAUUGUGCGCAAUAGCCAAUUCCUGACGGUUACCAUUGCCACAAAGAGCCAUGUUGUAUCAUUGGAGGAUGCUCAGCAGAUGUUGUUUAAAUUCGAGCAAAUCCUUUCUGAGUUUGCACAAGACCCCAACAGAGAGUUGCCCAGGAUGAACGGGGGCUCUAUCAAACAAGUUGUGACGAACGGUGAUAUGAAUGGUCACCAGGAGACUCUGAAAACACAAGUACAAAGCAAUGUUGAACAUACCAAAGACUCUUUGUUUGAAUGGACCUCCCAGGCUUGCAGAAUUCGCGACGUGAUUGAAACCCUUGCCGGAGUGGAGUCACAAUCAAUCAGUGAGAACACAUCAAUCUUUGAGGUUGGACUUGAUAGCAUCGACGCAAUCAAGAUCUCCUCGCGGUUGAGCAAAGUCGACAUCAAACUUCCUGUGAGCUCCAUCAUGCGCCAUCGCACAGUUAAGGCUAUGAGCGAACAGCUCUCAAUGACAAAUGGCCAUAUCAAAGACGGGACAUUGCCAUUGCUCAACCAUCUAGAGAAAUCGUUGGCCAAGUUCCUCAGCACCGAAGGUCUUCUCCCUACGAGCGUGACUCGCAUCCUACCAGCUACACCUAUCCAAGAAGCUAUGGUAGCAGAGAUGUCUGCCUCUAGGUACGAACAUUAUUACAACCAUGAAAUCCUCGCGGUAGAGCCUGAUGUGGACAUCGAAAGGAUGGAGCGGGCAUGGAGAGCUGUCGUUAAAGCCAACCCUAUCCUCCGUACUUCAUUUAUUGAAAUCUGGGAUCCGCAGAUUCCUGUUUCAUAUGCCCAAAUAGUUCAUGACGAGGAUCGAGUUGAUCUCCAGACUGUCUAUCUGCACGGAGUCUCCGUGGAAUCCAUUAUAGAGACUCAGCGGUCAAGGAUCCGCAAUGAGCUGGCGGGCUACCCCUUGCUCUCUCUCACCAUUGCGGUGGACGGAGCUAAGCGGCACCUUGUUUUGUCGAUUGCGCAUGCUCUCUAUGAUGGCUGGUCAAUCAAUCUGCUGCAUGAAGAUGUUGCCAAAUCCUAUGCUGGUGCAGAGUGUUCACGGCCUCCGGCUGAUGACAUUCUCGAGCACAUUAUUGCCUCAUCUGGCGACGAAGCACUCCGGUUCUGGCGAGCAACGCUAUCCAACUUCACCCCGGUGUCGUUCUCGCCCAUGGAGCACGCUGACAAUAGCUCGGCUAUCGUUCACCGAGCAGAACAAUCGUUAUCCGUUUCACUGCCCAAGGCAGAGGCGUUCUGCAAACGCCAUGGCGUUACUAUCCAGGCCCUUCUUAUCGGCUGCUGGUCUCUUGUUCUUGCCACGUGUGUCAAGAAGCUAGAUGUGGCAUUUGGGCUUGUCCUUUCUGGUCGGAACGUGGCUGACUCUGAGCAUGUGAUGUUCCCAACCAUGAAUACUGUGGCCAUGCGAGUUAUUCUUCACGGUACGCGCAUAGAAUUGGUGAGGUAUGUGCAGGAGGCUCUCUUGUCGAUGUCGGAGCAUCAGCAUUUCCCGCUGCGGCGUGCCAGACCAGAUACGGGAUCGCGGGCGUUGUUUGAUACGCUUUUCAUGUAUCAAAAGAGACCGGUGGAAAAUGUCCAGACUGGGUCGGGGCAGGUUUUGUAUAAAUCUAUUGGUGGAGCGGCCGAUGUUGAGUACCCUGUUUGCGCUGAAAUUGAAGGUGUUGGGGAGGAUCUGAUUGGGCGGGUUGCGUGUCGUGGAAAUGUUGCUGGGGACCAAGAUACUCUUGCCCUAUUGGGGCAGAUGGGCGAUAUCCUUUCGUCUAUAAUUGAUAGCUCAUCCGAACAGACUGUCGAAUUCACCAGCGAAGGAGUGAAGAUUUGUGGAAGGGCAGCUUUCCGGGAUGGGUCUGGACACGAUAUCGGGGCUGAUACGGUGCCCCGGAGACUUAAUCACGCACGGUGGUUGCCCAUUGAAUCAAAGAUCCGCGAGGUUCUUUCCAUUACAUCUGGGGUACCUGAAAACUCUAUUGACAAGAGCUCCACGGUCUUUGAGCUUGGCCUGGACAGUAUCAGCGCCAUUAAGGUGGUUGCACUCCUGAAGAAGCAUUCCAUCAAGCUCGCGGUGAGUGAUAUGCUUCGGGCUGGUACCAUCGAAAACAUGGCCAAAGCAGCCAACAGCAACGAGACGGAGCUUUCACUCACAAACAUCUCGAGCGUUCUCCACGAGUCACUCGAUGGCAUCGGUGUUAUGGAACUGCUCCAGUCGCACGAUAUUGAUUCACAGCGGGUGCGGAAGAUAUUCCCUGCAACUGCAGGACAGACCUAUUUUCUCUCAAUGCACAUCCUGAAUCCCGAGGUAUUCUAUCCUAAGUUCUACUAUGUGACAUCACAACAACUGAGCCCCGAGGUACUGGAUCGAGCCUGGGGUCGGGUUAUAGACCAAACCCCAAUACUUCGAACAGCAUUCGUCCCCACUGCCAACUCUCGGUUAGUGCCAUAUGUGCAGAUCGAAUUUGAGGCUGUGCAAAUUCCUGUGGUCUGGCAUUCCAGGUUUGAUCGACAUCUUGUUUCAGCACGUCUUAAGCAAGAAUUUGGGGCAGUGCCGGUCGCACUACAUGCCUGUCAAACAAACAAGGGAACGGCGCUUAUUCUGCACAUCCACCAUGCACUGUACGAUGCUGUCAGUCUAUCCCAUAUCCUAGACAGACUUGUUGCACACUGCAGCCAAGAGGAGGUUGCCAAGCCAAAUCCCGACCUUGAUCUUUCACAGCUUGUGGCAUUCCAGUAUAUUCAUUCGCCCGUGGAUGUCCGGCGGCAAUUCUGGCAAAAGUAUCUAGGGCAAUUCCCAACUGGGGUAAAAAUAGGGGAUGACUUCGGCACUGUACAACAUCACUAUCGACCGGGGCUGGUUUCAAAUAUGGCCAGUGUCGAAAAGGUUGCUAAGCGCCAGGGCAUUAGCAUCCAGACCGUCUUUUUGGCAGUCUAUGCUCGAGUGCAUUUGCAGGGAUUCGGUGCAGCUAAAACGGCCGACGCAGGGUCUCACGGGCGGUUAACUGUUGGACUGUACCUUGCCAAUCGAUCGCAUUCCAUCGAGGGUCUAGCCGAAUCGGUGAUUCCCACCGUUAACAUUGUUCCACUACGACUGGAUGAUAAACUCAGCCAUUCCGACGACACGCUCCUUGAUGCCGCCCGCAGAAUCCAAACUGAAAUCAAUGAGAUCAGCCGACCAGAAUAUUCGGGUGUUUCUCUCGUGGAAAUUGCCGAAUGGACAGGCGUCCGAAUCGACACUUGCGUCAAUUUCCUACGACUUCCUGAGCAAGAAUUGAAAGCAGCCAAGACUCCAUUUUCUCUCACGGCAAUUCAACGCGAGGAGUUUGAAGAUCUUAGCGGGGUCCCAGUUUCGGAGAAGGUCCCAAUAGAGAUUAAUGAUUUAACGCCACCGGGUGCAGUCGAAACAAGCCCCAAGCAUCCAAGCGCCUCAAAGGUUACUCACCCCAUUUUUCAGCCUACGAUUGACGUGGAAGCCGCCAUCCGCAAUGGGCGAUUAGAUUUUGGGCUCUUCGCACCGGCACCCCGUCUUGACCGGGAGACAGCGGAGACUGUGAUCGAUGCCAUGCGACGAGAAAUGUCUAAAUUGGUGACAAGCUUUGAAUCAAUGUAG